GGGGAGCGGGCGGGGAGGCCGUUGCGUUUCCCGCUAUUCCCUCCUUGCCCACCGCUCCCUAUACAACCUCCACGCCGGCUGCGUCGCCUUCCCCCUGAGGCUCCGCAUCCCCCGCAUUCUUGACCUCCCCGGCGCCCACCCGCCGGCUCGCCAUGGGCAACUGCUGCGCGGGAUCCGGGGAUGCGGAGCCCGAGGCCGCCGCCGACCCCUCCACGCGCCGCGCCGGCGCCUCCGUCCAGGCCGGCGGCGCCUCGCCCUCCUCCGCGCCCGCCCAGAACAAGCCGCCGGCCGCCAUCGGCCCCGUUCUCGGCCGCCCCAUGGAGGACGUGCGCAGCAUCUACACCGUCGGCAAGGAGCUUGGCCGCGGCCAGUUCGGGAUCACCAGCCUCUGCACGCACAAGGCCACGGGCCAGAAGUUCGCCUGCAAGACCAUCGCCAAGCGCAAGCUGUCCACCAAGGAGGACGUGGAGGACGUGCGGCGCGAGGUGCAGAUCAUGUACCACCUCGCGGGGCAGCCCAACAUCGUGGAGCUCAAGGGCGCCUACGAGGACAAGCAGUCCGUGCACCUCGUCAUGGAGCUCUGCGCCGGCGGCGAGCUCUUCGACCGGAUCAUCGCCAAGGGCAAAUACACGGAGCGCGCCGCCGCAGCCCUGCUCCGCACCAUCGUCGAGAUCAUCCACACCUGCCACUCCCUCGGCGUCAUCCACCGCGACCUCAAGCCCGAGAACUUCCUCCUGCUCAGCAAGGAGGAGGACGCGCCGCUCAAGGCCACCGACUUCGGGCUAUCCGUCUUCUACAAGCAAGGGGAGGUGUUCAAGGACAUCGUGGGCAGCGCCUACUACAUCGCGCCGGAGGUCCUGAAGCGGAACUACGGGCCGGAGGCGGACAUAUGGAGCGUCGGCGUCAUCGUCUACAUCCUUCUCUGCGGUGUCCCUCCCUUCUGGGCAGAAUCGGAGCACGGCAUCUUCAAUUCCAUCCUGAGGGGGCAGAUCGACUUCAGCAGCGACCCAUGGCCACGCAUUUCGCCCGGCGCCAAGGACCUCGUCAGAAAGAUGCUCAACUCUGACCCCAAGAAAAGGAUAUCAGCCUACGACGUCCUCAACCAUCCAUGGAUCAAGGAAGACGGAGAGGCGCCUGACACGCCGCUGGACAACGCCGUCAUGAACAGGCUCAAGCAGUUCAAGGCUAUGAACCAGUUCAAGAAAGCUGCGCUAAGGGUCAUCGCCGGAUGCCUGUCGGAGGAAGAGAUCAGGGGUCUCAAGGAGAUGUUCAAGAGCAUGGACUCGGACAACAGCGGCACCAUCACCGUCGACGAGCUCCGGAAGGGUCUGGGAAAACAGGGGACCAAGCUCACGGAGGCCGAAGUGGAGCAGCUCAUGGAAGCCGUAAAUCUCUCUAUCUACAUUAAUUACUACUGUAGGUCCAUGGAACGGCGCGUUUUGAGCUUUAAUUUCCUGGUCCAGGCCGACGCCGACGGGAGCGGGACGAUCGACUACGAGGAGUUCAUCACGGCGACGAUGCACAUGAACAGGAUGGACCGGGAAGAGCACCUCUACACCGCCUUCCAGUACUUCGACAAGGACAACAGCGGCUACAUUUCCAAGGAGGAGCUCGAGCAGGCCCUUCGGGAGAAGGGGCUCCUGGACGGCAGAGACAUGAAUGAAAUCGUGUCGGAAGUCGACGCCGACAACGACGGGAGGAUCGACUACAGCGAGUUCGUGGCGAUGAUGAGGAAAGGGGCCCCCGAGGGGGCCAACCCCAAGAAACGGCGCGACGUCAUGCUAUAGGAGACGGCGGGUUGGUGGAGGAAGCCGCCGGCCGAUCGGCGACAGAACAGCAAGCGAUCGAGCGCGCGUGCGAGGCCGCUCGCAACGACGACGACGAUGGGCUCGUGUACAUUUUUCACAGAAGGGGUCGAGUAGCAAAUGUUCAUAUAUAUACCGUGGGAUUGGGAAUCGAAAAUGUUCGUACGCUGUCGGGCGCUCAUCUUCUUCUUCUCUGGUUCUGCUGGUUCCCUUGACUUGUUAGUAUGUAUACAUCAGUUGAGUAAGUUGGCAUUUUUUAGCCUGAAUUUGUACACGGUUUCAGGCUUGGAAAUGUACAGGUAUGUAACUUGAGUGAACUAACGAGUGUGUUUUUGAUGCGUCUCUCGCGUGCAAACUCUC